ACGGGAGUGAGUAGUGUAUCCUCAGGCUCUUUGUGGCGGUUGGGCGGGCCGUGGUGGCCUUUCCAGCUGGUGUCGCCUCAGUCAUGGACGAAGACUACUUCGGGAGUGCUGCUGAGUGGGGAGAAGAUGCCGACGGCGCCCAGCAGGAUGAUGAUUAUGGAGAAGGAGAAGAUGAUGCAGAAGUCCAACAAGAAUGUUUGCACAAAUUUUCCACCCGGGAUUAUAUAAUGGAACCUUCCAUAUUCAACACACUAAAAAGGUAUUUUCAGGCAGGAGGAUCUCCAGAGAAUGUAAUCCAACUUUUAUCAGAGAACUAUACUGCUGUGGCCCAGACUGUAAACCUUUUGGCUGAGUGGCUCAUUCAGACAGGUGUUGAGCCAGUUCAGGUUCAGGAAACUGUGGAAAAUCAUUUGAAGAGUUUAUUGAUCAAACACUUUGACCCUCGAAAAGCAGAUUCUAUCUUUACUGAAGAAGGUGAGACCCCAGCAUGGCUAGAACAAAUGAUUGCCCAUACUACUUGGAGGGAUCUGUUUUAUAAAUUAGCUGAAGCACAUCCAGAUUGUCUCAUGCUUAAUUUCACUGUUAAGCUUAUCUCUGAUGCAGGAUAUCAAGGAGAGAUAACUAGUGUAUCCACAGCUUGCCAACAAUUAGAAGUCUUUUCUCGUGUGCUCCGUACUUCACUGGCUACAAUUUUAGAUGGAGGAGAAGAAAACCUUGAAAAAAAUCUCCCCGAGUUUGCUAAAAUGCUAUGCCAUGGAGAGCAUACUUAUCUCUUUGCCCAAUCAAUGAUGUCUAUAUUGGCCCAAGAAGAACAAGGGGGGUCUGCUGUGCGUAGAAUUGCUCAAGAAGUUCAACGAUUUGCCCAUGAGAAAGGCCAUGAUGCAAGUCAGAUCACACUUGCGUUAGGCACAGCUGCUUCGUACCCCAGGGCUUGUCAGGCUCUUGGUGCCAUGUUAUCAAAAGGAGCUCUGAAUCCCGCAGACAUCACAGUCCUGUUUAAGAUGUUUACAAGCAUGGACCCACCUCCUGUUGAACUGAUACGGGUACCAGCUUUCUUGGAUCUCUUUAUGCAGUCACUCUUUAAACCAGGUGCCAAGAUCAAUCAAGACCAUAAACACAAGUACAUCCACAUAUUGGCCUAUGCAGCUAGUGUGGUAGAGACCUGGAAAAAGAACAAGAGAGUGAGCAUCAAUAAAGAUGAAUUGAAGUCAACAUCUAAAGCAGUUGAAACUGUUCACAAUUUAUGUUGCAAUGAGAACAAAGGUGCCUCUGAAUUAGUGGCUGAGUUGAGUACACUUUAUCAGUGUAUCAGGUUUCCAGUGGUGGCAAUGGGUGUACUCAAGUGGGUGGAUUGGACAGUGUCAGAACCACGCUAUUUCCAGCUCCAGACUGAUCAUACACCAGUACAUUUGGCCUUACUAGAUGAGAUUAGCACCUGCCACCAGCUCCUCCAUCCCCAAGUCUUGCAAUUGUUGGUUAAACUGUUUGAGACAGAGCAUUCCCAACUGGAUGUAAUGGAACAGCUUGAACUGAAGAAAACACUACUGGACAGGAUGGUUCAUCUGCUGAGUCGGGGUUACGUACUGCCUGUUGUCAGUUAUAUCCGGAAGUGUUUGGAAAAGUUGGACACUGACAUCUCCCUCAUUCGCUAUUUUGUUACUGAGGUCUUGGAUGUGAUUGCUCCUCCUUAUACUUCCGACUUUGUGCAGCUCUUUCUUCCCAUUCUAGAGAAUGACAGCAUUGCAGGUACCAUUAAAACAGAAGGAGAACAUGACCCUGUGACAGAGUUCGUAGGUAAGGGUAAAACGACUGUUCUAGGUUGUAGUCUUUUAAAACAACUGGUUUCAUUUUUAACCCAUCCUACAAUUUUUCUUUAUUGAAGCCCACUGCAAGUCUAACUUCAUUAUGGUAAACUGAAUCAGAGUCUGCUGCUAAGGUUUCAGGAAGACUUUCCAGAUGGAAUCAUCCCUUCAGUUGUUGUGAGAACAGUCUCAGGACCAUGACCUCGGACUCUGGUGAUGUGAAAAGACUUUUUACUGACCCUAUGGGUUAUUUUUAAAUGUGUGGAAAAAUGUGUGGAAUAUCCAUCUAAAAAGUUAUCAGAAUUUGGAAGAACUUGGAUGAGCGUUUAACAAAAACAAAAGAUACCACACAAGUUAUACAACAUAUAUAAAUAUAACAGAAUAUUAGUACAGUAUAACAGAAAUUGUCUC